GCAUUGCAUUGCAUGGCUUCGACACGUAUGUGACGACACUUACAAUAAAAAAACAAAAACAAAAUCUGAAAACUAAUGGACGAUAUCUUCGAGAUCUGCGACUUCACUACACAGACGCCGUACGAGACAUUUGUGGCCGCAUUUGACCAGUUAUUACGCGAAACAGUCGGCAAAGAUAACAGUGGCGGCGGCGGUGGCAGCGGCGGCGGUACCGAUGAUGGCACUGAUCCCGAUGGCCAACAACAACAUCAACAGAGGACAGACGUACGCUUCGGUAAUACUACUUUCGAUGUCCGCUAUCAUCGCGAAGUAGUAGACAGUAGUCUGGCCGACUGUCAGGAUUUUCCGCCGCGAGCCCACUGUAUUGUCCGCUGGUUUGGCGAACGCCGAUUUCUACUGUUGACGCCGCGAUCGGCAGCGGAUACCGAUUGCGAAGAUCGUAUUCGUCUACUACUAUCGGCUCUGAGUCUGGCACUGACCGCUACCGGCCAUACGGUUCCUGUGUUUUGUCUGUUGCAUCGCAAACGUCGACUCUAUUGGGGCGUCCGGUCGCACGAUGACCGCCGCACUGUCUACCGUAUGGCCCAUUUGUCGGCAACACCGCCGCCAUUGCGACACUUGUCCGGACUGACGACACUGUUUCGCCGUCAAACGGGUCUGUCGUCCGGCCAACCAAUCAAAGUCUCGGCUCGAGUAACCUUUUCGUUGAUGUCAUUGACGACGACAUUAGAGGCGCCUCCGCUGCAAGACUUUGGUCUGGAACUGCCCGACGGAGACAAUCCACUUAAAGAGUUACAGUUGGCCGCCGUUUGGCAGCGAAUUAGCGAUCAAGUGAUAAUCGAUUCGGAGGUUCAUUCAGAUUUGACGCCCAAUAACGCCGAGACGUGGACACUGAGAGCCGUUCGCCGGUCCGAAGCCAAGAGUGCGUUGGCCAUAGCUCUGAGUCGUUGGCGGGACUUUUCACGCGCCGCCGGAGCCGCCGAUCAACCGUUUUUGGACCGAGUGUUGGGCAACGAAGCGCGCGAAGUGUUUGACGCACUAUCCGAACGCCAAAGUCAACGAAUGUCGGCGGACGAGUGGUCGCAAAGAAAUUCGGUACGAAAUCGGGUGAAUCGUGUGUUCGAAUCGACCGACCAGUUGGCCACUGGUGUGGCCAAAGAACUGUUCAAUUGUGUCGUACAGUUUACUGAAGAUGUUGGGACUGUUCGGGCGUUUUGGCGCGAAGUUUGUGUACGACUUCGGAAACAUUGGGAAUCGCGGACACUGUUGCCGGGAGUUGCCGAACAUUCGACACCCGAUUGGGGCCGAAGUCUGUUGCAUCAGAAGUUACAGUAUUUGCAAAACUGUAUCGAAUCGGAAGUCAAGCGAAUGAGAGACGCCGAAGAAGAUGUGGAGAACGAUUCGGAAGACGAGUUUUUCGACGCCGCGGAUGACGACAACAAAGACGCUGAGGAUAAGCAGUCAGUGCCUGAAGGCCGCAGCGAACCGUUGCGCGAUUUGACACUACUAUCGGAUCCGACACAAUCACUCUAUGUUCCCGAAACACAGUCGCCACCUCCGGUUACCUCCGAGAUGGCGACCGAAACACAAACGCUUAUUCAGCGAUUGGCCGCCGACGGCGCGUCAGCUGCCGUACGGGCGCGUGUACAGUCAGCCCAACUGGUCAGCGAUAUGGAAGCAUUUUUGGCGGCCAAUCCAGGCGCCGAAUUUGCCGAUUUUGUUCGCUGGCAUUCGCCCCGCGAUUUUGUCGACUCCACUGGUCAACUGUCGGACCGAAUGUCGGCCGAAGACAACGUUUGGCGGGAACUGUGGCGUACGGCGCGUCCGGUACCGGUUAGACGUCAGAAGCCGCUGUUCGACAGUAAAACCGAAGCCGAAAAGACAUUGCACACGCUGUCGACCGAAGUGUUCGACAAAAUUGCCGAAAUGGUUUGGCCAGAGUUGACGGAAAUAAUAGGUGAAAGGUUUAAGAGGAGACGCGGCGCAGGUGUUGGUGGAGGAGGAGGUCAGCACUUGUUUAACAGUACUGAUGAUGAAAUAGAGCGCGAAGAGUCCCGACUCGAUUUGCGGGAGGCAUUGGCCCGUACUUUGGGAGUCAAUAACAACGACGACAAAAACGAUAAGGAAACCGAUGACCUGUUGAACCGAUUGGUAGCCGAACCGGAGGUUGCCAUCAGUAGUGCUGGUCGAACGGCCCGUCGAUCGGUUCAUCGGGUAUUUGUCGAUCCCGAGUCUGGCCUGUGGCCGGCGCCGGUGGCCAAAGAGCUGAUACUGCGAGCUGUCGCCCGACGCCGAAACUCCUAUUCACGCGAAAGCCAACAACGAAUGUAUUGUCUGUUGACUGCCCAAGAAGUUCGGGUCGCGACCUCCGAGACAACCGAUAAUACGUUUUGAUUAUACAAUUAAUUAAUUU